AUGCUCAAACGUGCCUUUAGCUUUUUGGUGGGCACCGAAAGGGCCGUAGCCGCAGACUACGAGCGUUGGAGCCGUGCUCAACUUAUCGAUCGAAUCCGCGAGUUGGAAAGAGGUUGUCUGGGUGAAUCAGUUGAGAAACAUACGACUUCAAAUACUUCUUCAGGAGAGACUAUACCUAACAAGGACUCUGUUUGCGUUUCCCUGAAGUCAGAAGGUACCACUGUUGCCACAUCUACCGGUACAGACACUACAAAGACCACGAAUACAUCUUCAACCGUCACAACAUCCACAACCAAGGGUACAAAGAAGCCCUUCAAUAUCACUGACCAUAACCGUAGAUUUAUUGCCUUACGUUUUGCCUACACCGGUUGGAACUACAAUGGUCUUGCCUUCCAGAAUGAGCCAACCCCUCUUCCAACAGUGGAGGAAGUCAUUCUCAAAGCCCUUGCAACUGCUAAACUUAUUGCUGCUCCUGAACCUCACUGUUGUGGGUUUUCGCGUUGUGGUCGUACUGACAAAGGUGUAUCUGCAUUGAACCAGGUUAUUUCCCUCAAGGUUCGUUCCAGACUCUCCACCGAAGAACAACAGCUUGCUAGCAACGACUCCAAAGAAAUCCCUUACGUUACUGUGCUCAACACUCUCCUUCCUACUGAUAUUCGUGUUACUGCAGUUUGUUUACGUCCACCUGAAGGAUUCGAUGCUCGUUUUUCUUGUGACCAUCGUCACUACAAGUAUGUAUUCCGCCACCAUCCUGACCUUGACCUUGACUUGAUGCGUCAAGCUGCUCUCAAAUUUGAAGGAGGUCACGACUUCCGCAAUUUCUGUAAGAUCGAUGGUAGUAAGCAAAUUACAAACUACCGUCGUCAAGUGAUAUCAGCACAAAUUCUCCCUCUCAAGAAGAAUAGUAAUGAAUCUGGUAAACAAAUCGAUGACUUUUAUGUUUUUGACUUAAAAGGAUCUGCCUUUUUAUGGCACCAAGUUCGUUGUAUGAUGGCCAUUCUCUUCCUAGUAGGUCAAAAACUUGAACUGCCUGAAAUUAUAGACAAGUUAUUGGACGUCACCCAGGUUACUGGUCGUCCAGUUUACGAAAUGGCUGACGACCUUCCCCUUGUUCUUUAUGAUUGUGUGUUCCCAGAAAUGGAAUGGCUUCCAGGUGUAGACAUGUCAAAGGGUGCCAAACUUGUGCGAGACAACGCCGAUGUCAUGGGAUUACUCACCGAAGUGCAAAUUAAGGCAAUAGUCUCUGACAUGCUUGCCACAGUAGCAACAUUUGAUGAGACCAAGAUAACUAAUCUUGACGGAUGUGGAGCAGUGAACAUAGGAGAUGGACGUGGCCGCAAUUAUAAGAAAUAUACCAAUGUUUUGGCCCGUGAGAGACUCGCUGGAUACGAAGAGGUAAAUGCCAAGCACCGUGAGAAAAAGAGAAGACGGUUAGAACGUGCUGAAACUGAGUCAGCUCAAUAA